AUGGUGGACUCGUCACAGGCUCCAAGGUCUCCAGAAGCACCUUCAACGGCGAAAGCCCCCUCGCCAAGGGCUGAAGCUACUCCUCCAAAGUCCAAGACUGCUUCGCCAAGAUCGGCAGGCUCACCUGAGGCCGAAAUCCGAGGGCAAACGAUCGAAACUGCGACCCAGCAAGCCGAGAUUGAAGUCGACGAAGGUAUCGCCGACCGUGAUUCCGUUACGGAUGAACAGCUGUCAAUUUCCGGAUAUACCACAUCCGUCACGUCAAGCGUCUACGACUACCCCACCGAGAAUGGGCGACGCUAUCACGCUUUCCGCCAUGGCACAUACUAUGGGCCCAACGAUGCGGACGAACUCGACCGCUUAGACUUUAAUGCUAGCUUCCUGACCAAGUUGACCCAGAACCAGCUGCACCACGCUCCUCUGGAACAAGGCAAGGUGCACCGAAUUCUGGACAUUGGAACUGGAACUGGUAUCUGGGCUAUAGAGAUUGCGGAUUUGUUUCCGGACGCCGAGGUCAUUGGAAACGACCUGAGUCCUGUUCAAAGUGAAUGGGUCCCGCCGAACGUCAAAUUCGAGGUCGAUGACGUGGAGAGCCCCUGGGUGGCGCCCAACUACGACUUCAUCUACUGCCGAUUCAUGGCAGGGGCAAUCGCAGACUGGCCCAGGCUCGUGAAGAACACCUUCAAAAAUACUCACCCCGGUGGCUGGGUCGAGUUCCAGGACUGGGAUCUUCUCUUCAAGUCUGACGAUGGAUCCAUCACCGACGACCAUUACUCCAUGAAGAUGAUCAAGAUGUUCAUGGAGGGCUCUAGGAAGGUAGGCCGCGAGCCGCAGCCCGGGCCCCUGCUGGAACCGUUGAUGCGAGAGGCUGGGUUCGUAAACAUCCACCACAAGCAGAUCAAGUGUCCACUCGGUAUGUGGCCAAAGGACCCGUAUCUCAGGGACCUCGGGCAUAUGAACAUGAUUCAGGCUCUCGAUGGGCUGGAGGCCUAUAACCUAAGGUUGUAUACCGGCGUCUUGGGAUGGACUGUGGCGGAGGCGCAGGUCUUGUUCGCGCACGUGCGCAAUGAGAUUCGGAAUAACGCCUUCCAUGCUUACAUGGUUUAUCAUGUGGUUUAUGGGCAGGUACCUGAGUCGAAGAAAUGA